CGAGAAUAUAUGCGCAGAAAUUUAGAUCAGAUUUUCUUUGAUUCUCAUUCUUUCUCUCUUGUGCGUUUAAUUUUUCUACACAAACCAAUGACUCUACAUUAUUGAAUGGAACCAAAAGUGUUCUAUUUUUCGUGUAACAAAAAUGAUUUUCCUUAUACCAUAUUCAUGAUUUUUUUGUGAAAAAUUUUGAAUUUACUAUUAUAAUGUGGUUAUCAAUAGAUACUAUAAUUGCUGGAAAAAGUUUAUCGUGACAAGUAUUACAUCAUCUAAUAUCUUUUGUUGGUGAUAUAUACUAUAUAAAAUAGUUAUGACAAAUUUAAAAUGACUUUGUUCUAUUAUUAAAACAUUAUAGCAAAUUAUGUUUGUAGAGAGUUUCAUGAAUUGUUUGGGUUUUAAUUCCCAAUAAAUAUCAAUGAGAUAUGCAGCAUCAAGUUAAACAAAAGUAUCAGCAAUCUUUACUAUAUAAGUACAACUACAGUGGAUUUAAUCGUGUCAUAAAUCUACAAGAUGUCUGCAGUAGAAACACCACAUUUGAUUCGCACUAUAGAAUGGGAUAUGAUGGACAAGACAAAGUUUUUUCCAUUGAGCAUGCUUUCAUCAUUUUCUGUACGCUGUUGCUUAUAUCCCUUAACAGUAAUUAAAACUCGUUUACAAGUUCAAAGGCACAAUUAUAUGUACAAUGGAAUGAUAGAUGCUUGUAAAAAGAUUUAUAAAAUUGAAGGUAUAAGUGGAUUAUAUCGAGGAUUUUGGAUAAGUUCUAUACAAAUUGUAUCUGGUGUUUUUUAUGUAUCUACAUAUGAAGGUGUACGUUACAUACUUAGACAAAAUGAUGUUAUUGGUAAUAUAGAUUCCAGAGUUAAAUCAUUAAUUGCUGGUGGAGCUGCUAGUUUGGUAGGCCAAACAAUAGUAGUUCCUUUUGAUAUUUUAAGUCAGCACUUAAUGGUUCUUGGGAUCAACAAUAAACAAGGAAAAUACAUAGAUAAGAUGGGUAUGAAUCCAUUGGGUUUAAUUCUUGAACCAGGAAAAUCUCGUGCACAGAUUUCAAUAGAUAUUAUUAAAUCAAUUUAUCAAAGAGAUGGAUAUAGGGGUUUUUAUAGAGGAUAUUGUGCAUCAUUAUGCGCUUAUGUUCCUAAUAGUGCCCUUUGGUGGGGAUUAUAUACAUCGUACCAAGACGAGCUUGUAAGAUUGUUUCCAGAAUGGGUUUCUCAUUUAUUUAUUCAAGCAGUUGCUGGUACAUUAGGAGGAUUUACCACCACAAUUAUUACAAAUCCUUUAGAUAUAGUACGAGCAAGAUUACAAGUACAAAGAUUAGAUAGUAUGUUUAGUGCAUUCAAAGUUCUCUGGGUGGAAGAAAAGUUGCAGAUGUUUACAAAGGGACUUUCCGCCCGUCUUGUACAGUCUGCUAGUUUUAGUUUCUCAAUAAUUCUAGGAUAUGAAACUAUUAAAAGAUUCAGUAUAGUUGAGGAGUACAAAAAUUGUAUUAGGUGGUGAAUUUUCUAAACUUAUUUGUUGUAAAAUAAUGUUUUCUGCCAUGCAUUUUUCAAUAAUUUCUGUUGUAUUAUACACAGAAAUAAAUAAUUACA